AUGACGAUUAUCACAAGGAUACGCACCUCUAAGUCCAGACGAGCUAUUCUUGUCACGGGUGGGGCCGGCUUUAUUGGCUCCCAUCUUGUCGAAGCUCUUCUUGCUGAGGGCGGUUGGAGAGGAGUCGUCGUUGACAUCUUUGAUGAGUUUUACGACCCAGAGAUCAAGCGCGCCAACCUUGCACCUCAUCUUCUGAACCCGAAUCUGAAGCUUUACGAAGCCGACAUUGAGGAUCUCGAGGCCCUUCAGACUAUUUUCACUGAUAAUGGCUUUUCUGCCAUUGUUCACCUGGCAGCCCGCGCUGACAUUCGCUGCAUCUGCCUCCGUAUAAUCACCGCCUAUGGACCCCGUCAGCGCCCAGACCUCGCCAUCCACCAGGGCAAGCCUAUUCCGCUCUUUGGAGAUGGCUCUUCGCGUUGCGAUUACACUUAUGUCGAUGAUAUUAUCGAUGGUAUCUUCGCUGCGCUCAAGUAUGACGGAUCUGACUACUAUGGGGUCUUCAACCUUGGAGAGUCGCAGACCAUUCAGCUUAUGCUAAGCGACCAAGAGCCCAUCAAAAUGAACUCUGAGAUACGCGGUAUAUCACCAGGACGGGUGAAGGAUGUCCCAGAUGAUCUCAAGUCGGUUUCAAGCCCGCUGGUCGAACAUGGCAAGACGGUUGACUGGAGCGACAUGCCUUUGUAUACCGAUUUCUUCCUCUCGACAGUACCAGCUAUGCUGCAUCACAACAAAUACAAGGAAAGACGUGCGACAUGGUGGGAUAGACUAUGGUACCACCAGGAGCUGCGUGGUCUUGUCAAAUAUGCUCUGCUGCCAAGAGAAGCCGAUGAGCCUUUGGCUACUGUUCAGCUUGAGGAUAGCAGGGUCAGAUACUGGGCAGCUUCAGCAGAGGAGAUGGGCAGAUAUCCCCGCAUGGGUAAGCUCAAUGCCAACUUAACGGCCUAUGAUAGAUUUCCGAAGAUGGAGCCUAACGAGACGUGCCGGUAUGGAAGCCGGAAGCCGCGUGAAUCUAAAGCGACGUGGGAGGAAGAAGUUUUCCGUGAUUGUGGUGGAGAGUUCAACGGGUCUUGA